AUGGGUACAUGUCGUAACGCUGGCACCAGCAAUCCGGUCAUCAGUUGGUAUUCAAUCAAGUGUGGCGCAUCGUUACGAGUUCUCAAUUUCUCAAAGAAGGGAGUGGCAUUGUUCCAGAACUCCUGGUCGAAUGUAAUCCUCGUCCUCCGUGUUGUCAUACUUAUCUAUCAUAUCGAGGGUCGUAAACAUGUAAGAUGUAGCGAUUAUAGAAUUUGGACCUUCUUUCUUGAGACGAAUGAAUGA